GUGUCCCUCAACUGCGCUGCAUCGCCGUUUCAGAACGACAAAACGAAAGUAAAUUUAGCCCUCUUUUGUUUGAUCUUGACGAUCGCUAUUACAUUUAUUGCUCUCGUCAAACUUUCAAGGUGAUCCCUCUGUCAAUAAGCGAAAUCGAUCUCGGCUGAUGCAUCCUGGGAUAGAAACACUUGCCACAAAUGCUCUACCUUGGCUCGUGUUUUCUUUAAUGAGCGUUCUUCUGCGCGCUCUCUGCGCUGCAUGCAUGAAUUACGGCGUUCCAAUCCGUUCCAAUCGCAACACUACACUUAAUGGCUAACCCAACCUUUAACAACGUACUAAUAUGGCGGUUGUUCGGUCGUGCGAUAUGAGGGUAAAACCGAGAAAUAAAAGUUGCAUCUGAACGACCUUCGUCAAGAUUCUGCUAGUCUACAUCAUGCAAGACCCAAAGACUUUGAAGAACUUGGAAUAACUUCAGCAUCUGAUGUUGUGAAUGAGCUAGAUCAUUCCCGGAAAUACUUCAUCAUAUUUAAGUCUUACAUCUGAAGACUAUAUCUCACGUGGGAACUUCUUUUCUUGUUAGGUUUAUCUAUAGAGUAAGGAAGAUGUUUUUUUUCCGGUCAGCUAUACAAUUAAUCUGUGAAUGAGCAUUUAGGCUUACAAGUAUUGAUCUGGGUUCAUUUGAGAAACAAUUCCUUUUUUCAGAUAAUCAACUUGAAUAUCAUAAUUUAUGGUGCCAUUCUUGACAGUAGAAUGUUGAUGAUGAGAGAAUCACAAUUAUCCUUAUCAACUGUGGCAGAACAUUGUCAAAUCUGCGCUUUGGAUCAACGAGCUGUUAUUGCUAAUUGAAGGAUAAACCAGCAACUUGACUGCUUUUUUCUGUAAUAUGUUUCAAGAUCGAAAAUGCUGAUGAUACACUUACAGACAAUGACAGUUUGAGCACUGUUUCAACACUGUUACAGCAAAAGAUCAAUAACAACACCAGUAGCAACGCAACCGAUUAUAGAAACUACAUCGCAAGUCAUGAUGGUGUAGCCGUGUAAAGCGGAGGACAAUUAUUUCUUGAGAGAGUUUGGUUUAGUUGACUGAUACUGGUCAGUCAUGGAUCACUGCCGCCAUGUCGGGAAGCUUUGCGUCGGUCAAACGCAUUCUAUCCUGGACCCCUCAGAGUGGCAUUGUUCAGUAUGUGGGACUACAGAGAGUGUCUGGGCUUGUCUGAGUUGUACCAACGUUGCAUGUGGCCGUUACAACGAGGAACACGCUCUGAGGCACUUCAAGGAAAGCAAUCAUCCGCUAGCCAUUGAGGUCAAUGAGAGAUACGUCUAUUGUUAUGAGUGCGAUGACUACAUCCUGAAUGACAACGUGACAGGAGAUCUGAAGUUCUUGCGUGACACGCUUGACGUAAUCACGAAACAGACGUUUGAAGAAAACGCAUCGAGAGGUGGAAGGAGAAGGUUUUUAAGAGCCUUAUCGGUGGAUUCCAGUCAACUUAAACAUAGUCAUGGGCGAGAUGACAACUUUGUUAUGCGAGACAAGGGUCAUACCGCCCUCAUACACCGACGAUUCAUGCUGCUUUCGACAACAUUCCUCGCCUGGAAACGCCUCGUCCACGGCGACAAAGUCACGGGGCACAAGACGCCGGCCAAGAGCGCCCCCGCGCCAAAACGUCAAGAGAACUCAGGGGAUAAUGAGAUAUCAUUCAAAGACCCUAGUAGAAUUGAAACAAAGACUAAUGCCAGUGGUAGCUCGCAUCCGAAGGUGGCGAAGCGGGUACAGAAGGUUGUAACACCGAUUAAGAGGAAGUGGACGGUGUUAACGCCGGGUGUUACUGGACUGAGGAAUCUGGGUAACACGUGUUACAUGAACUCUAUUCUUCAAGUGUUGAGUCAUCUUCUACGGUUUCGGGACUGCUUCCUCAAAGUAGAGAUUGACCUUCGACCUCAUACCAAGUCAGAGGGCAAAGGUCAAAGUUCAUCCUCAUCAGAGAGCCGGAAAAGAACGCAUGAGUACAUGAGACAGACGACAGUUGAAUGUUUCAAGCUGACGGAGACGCCCCGGAGCGGAGAGUCCAGUUCAAGUCGCGUCCAGCGCCAGCAAAGGAACAGAGGACCGGGUGGAGGAGGGCUGAAUGGAGGAUCAGAUGAUAGUACUGUUGACCCCUCAAAGUGCAAAGACCCUCGAAAGGUCACCAAUAACUAUCCACUAUGUCAUGAGCUUCACAUGCUCCUGAGGGUCAUGUGGUCCGGCAAGUGGGCUAUCGUAUCCCCUCAUGGUUUCCUCAGUUCAGUCUGGAGGCUUAUACCCUCGUUCCGCGGUUACGCACAACAAGACGCUCAGGAAUUUCUCUGUGAGUUCAUGGACAAGAUUCACUCCGAGCUCCAGAACCUAGCCACGCCCCUCUCGCUGUCGCUAGGCAACGGUGUCUCCAUGACGUCAGAGGAGAUUGUCCCAAAGAUCUUUGAAGGGUGGUUAGUUUCUCAGGUGAUGUGUCUGAAAUGUCGGUCGAAAUCCAACACCUACGAACCGUUCUGGGACCUGUCACUAGAGUUUCCUGAAAGGUAUCAGUUCAGCUCCAACCGGAGCAACAUAUCCGAGGACACGUGCCACCUGACCGAGAUGCUAUCCAAGUUCACCGAGAUAGAACACCUGGAUGGACCAGUCUACCAGUGCGAGGAGUGUAAUAGCAAGAGAAGAGAGGCGUCCGGAAAGCCAGUCAUACAGACGGAAGCCACGAAGAGAUUACUAGUCACCAAACUACCUCAUGUACUAAGACUCCAUCUUAAGAGAUUUAGGUGGUCGGGGAGAAAUCACAGAGAGAAGAUCCACGUUCCGGUGAAGUUUGAUCAAGAGCUGAACAUGAGACAGUUCUGUCUGGUAGAUCCCAACCCAAAGAAGAUCGUGACGACAGAGGAUUAUAUGUAUGAUCUGACAUCACUAAUUAUACAUCACGGUAGAGGUUUUGGAUCUGGUCACUACACGGCGUAUUCAUGGAACCAAGAAGGAGGUUUCUGGGUUCACUGUAACGACGCGAGACUGGAGCUAUGUUCGGUCGAGGACGUGACGGCGUGCCAGGCCUACAUUCUCUUCUACACCAAGAGGACGAAUGUCGCCACGGCAACCACGCCAGGCAAGGAAGAAGAGGAAGCGGAGCAGGAGCAGACGUCGAUGGAUGAGAGCGAUGCUGGCAAAGUGAAGCGGAGGAGAAUCACCCUCUAAGGGAAUAACUGUUCUGAUGAAUGAUAGCAAAAGGUCGCACGCAAGUAACAAAUGUAAUUCUUUUGAAAGAGCAGAAGUUAUUUGUCAACUUUUUUGCAUAACAAGCAAGUAAAAAAAGAGUUGCAUUUCUUUUGUAAGAGCAGAGUGGAUUUGUCCAAAGAAAAACAGGGUUCCCACAGUCACGGAAAAUCCUGGAAAAUUUUUUGGUCAUGGAAAGUCGGGGAAUUUGGUAAAUUUGUGAAAAGUCAUGGAAUUUCAUUCACCUCUUGGCUAUGGCAGCUUUCCAGUUUGUCGUGUCGCGCAACUCUCAUACUCUGUGAUCAUACUCUGCUAUUAUAAUUGGUGUUCAUGAUUUCCAUUUUUCCCAGUUUGUGACAUCCCAAAUUCUACAUACCCACUGGGACGUCAUGGAAAGCAGCAAUUUAGUCAUGGAAAAGUCAUGGAAUUCUGUUUUCAAAUUUCUGUGGGAACCCUGAAAGAUUGCAAGUCAUAAAAGUGUUGUUUCUUUUGAAAGAGCAGAAUAAAGCGUCAACUAUUUUUGCUUUACAGUAUCAAAAGAAAGCAGUGUGAAAAGUGACAUUUUCUACGAAAAAGAGAAGAGAGAGGGAGGGAGGCAGCUUUCAUUUCAGAUUUUGAAUUAGCUAGAGGAACAAGAACUGCCAGAUAACUCCACAUACAUUUAUAUUAUUGGUUGUUUAUUGAUUUCUGCAUUCUUAUAUAUUCUUCAGUUCUUUUGGAGGAAUUGUGUUAUUCAUUUAUUUUUUUGUUGUUUCAGGUUUUAUCAAGUACCAUUGGGGUAUAUGCUAUGAAAAUGAUUAUGUAAUCAAUCCCUGUCCUUAUUAAUGAUUUUUAAAAACCUUUAUUUAUUUUAGGGGAAUGGUGGGGGGGGGGUUGCGGUAGAAAGUGUUUUAUUUUCAAAGAAGUGGAAUAUGAUCAGAUGACAUUUUAUUUUUGUUUUUCACAGGAAUGAUUUUUUUUUUUUUUUUUUUUUUUUUGGGGGGGGGGCUGUAGGUUAUGUCCUUUCCUCUAGAAAGAAGGGGAAUAUGAGCAGAUGGCAUUUUACUUGUUUUUCACUGAAAUUGAAGUUUUUUUGCAGUGAUUUGCAAUGGAUGCAGUGUCUGAAGCAUUGUGUUGUGAUUUUAUUUACAUUCCAAAAUAAGAAACCCCAUUUUGUUACGGAGAGGAAAUCACUUGAUUCUCUUCAAAUUGGCAACAGUGAUGUUUCUUAUAAUUUUCAUUAACUCGUUGCCCACCAUGGACAGAAUCAUUCCUGUGCCACAUUACACUAUGCUAAUACAGCUCACAGUAGCUUUUGAUUGGUUUAUUGUAAAGAAAAGCUUUGUGUGUACACAGUACAAUGCCAUACACCAUUACUAUUGUGUAUGUGUGUAUGGACUUAAUACACUCUGUGUGUAUUGUGAAUGACUUGAGUCGAAGUUGGCAGCCCCCUGUAUGUGACUCUAGUCGAACAAAGCAGGCAAAGAGUUAAAAUGCACAAUAAUGAUAAUAGCCUUUUCUAUGGCACCAUCUUUCUAGAUAAAUUAUCAGUCAAAAUAAAGAAAGAGCAUAGAUAGUUGAAUCCAAUCCUUAUUAUUUAUUAUUUUUUAAAGUAGUAUUGUGUAUCUCAGGGCCAUUUGUACAGGAUGUAAUUUUUUUUCCAUAGUACAUGUACAUGUAUGUCACUGUUAUGCAAAGUCUUUUGUACACACUGGUGUGUAGUGUAUGUUUAAAACAAAAAACAAAACUGCCUUGCCAUAAUAUCCACUUAUGUAGCAAAUAAGUUUAUUUAUUUCAAUUAUAAAAAUCUACUCUAUCAUACUCUUAUAUUUAAGAUAUAUAUGGGGCCCGUUGCAUAAUACUUUUUACCUGAGAAAACUCAGGUUGUUUUUACCAGAGUUUUUGCCCUGUGUUAAAGUCAAUAGCAGAAAUCAGACUAACCUUAGUUUUCAGUUUUUACCAGAGUUUUCUCAGGUAAAAAGUUUUAUGCAAACAGGCCCAUGGUGAUUCUCCACUUGGCUAUUCUAUAGGGUAUGUACGUCCAAUCCAGUGAACCAAAUGACACCUGGGCCCGCAUUCUGAAGACAGGUUUAACUUAGACUACGGUCUAACUCUUUGUUAAAAUUAUGGGGAGCCAAAAGUUCAGAAUUUCUUUUUAUAUUGUAUAUUUCUUAUGUUUACUGUUUUGUUUCCUUUUGCUUUCAUAGUGAGGAAAAAUACUUCAAAAUAAUUCAGUUAUCAUUCCCAGACAAUUAUUAAUAAUUUGGGUUUCAUAUGAGUUAUAAAUUGGAUGUGUACUGUUAGGGAUUUGUGCCCCAAUUGGCUCUUUGUAGUUAAACCGCAACUUUAAAUGAAGGUUUGAUUUAAACCCGAGUUCAGAGUACGGCCAGGGACUCUGGGUGAUUUCGCUUCUGAAAUGCUUAAAAGAGCCCUGCAAAAAAAAAAAAAUAGAGCCUUGGAAAUUCUUCAUUCA